GGUGAUAUACAGAAUCUUUGACUACCAAGCAUCACGGUAUUGAAGUUAACUCCAUCAACCAACCAGUCAGGUCGAAUAUUUGUUAUCCAUAGACCAUUUUUUUGAUUAUAGGUCAUGGAGUUUCAAUAACUACUCUUCUAGUCCAAUUUUUGCUUAUAACUUCACUAGUUUUCUAAUAUUAUCCCUUAAUCUGUUUCUUUAUCACACUUAUAUCCUAUACUCUUACUUUGUCCAUUUCGAACUCAAGCUUCUCAUAUUUAUUGAACGUUUUUGUUGGUGAAUUACUGUGUUCUGUGCACAUAUGUAAGGAAUCUGAGAACCUCUUGAAUUUAAGUACACUUCUUAAGGUUUGGUGAGUUCUUUAAUUCUUAGUAAUAUUUUAUUUCUGCUCUCUUUAGUUUUUGAAAUUUUGUUCAAAGCAGAGCAGCUGCAAAUUUGAAAAUCUCGACAUAUCUAAAGCAUUGUGACCCACAUUGGUUGGAAUAGAGGGUCUCUCAGUACAACCAGCUGGGUAUAUCCAUAUAUGUAAUGUCUAUAUGCACAAUAUAGUUUUACUUCUUUUUUUUUUCCGUAUGAAUGAUCCAUUAUAUUAAACAAAGUUGAAUACAAGGUAGAAUACGAUUUUGGUACACAAAGCCGACAAAAGACAAAACUCUUUCGGAAACUAAGCUGGCAGAAGACAUAAAUAUCUCCGGAAAACUAAGCCCAAAAAAAGGAAACAAAAUGCACCUAUCUUAAGAAAUAAAUCUGAAACUAGAAACCAUCAGAACCCGCAAACAAUCCCAGAGAAACAGUUGGCGUUGGAGCUGAACUAAGAAACAUGAGCCUCGAAAGGAAACAAACAACCAGACAAUCUCCAUUAGACCGGAGAAUCCGAAGAACUAAACAGAGAGCUCAACUAGCCACAAUCCGACAUAAACGAGAGAAGGGAUAAUCCAAGAAACGAGCACACCAAACAAACACCACCCCGCUAACUCCAGAAGCAGAAAGAUCUCAAGCGAAACUUGGUACAAAAAAAAAUCUUUGAAAACGGCUGAGGAUAAGCCAAAGAAGAGCACCAACAUUUACACGCGGACAAAGCAAACCAAUCAAUGCCACCUAAUGGUAGCUUUACUUCAUAAUGGUAGUAUUUUGAAAUAUAUAUAAGUUAGAAGAAAAUUUAAUUGUUAAAAUUAGUUGUAAAUUGUAAUGAAUUAGAGCAUCUUACAUAAAGACUCUUUUAAUUGAUACUCCAUUAAAGAAAUGAAACGUAACCAAAUACAUAAGGAAGCAAAACAAAAGACAUCAAUUUGUGCACAAAAGGAAAAUAUGAAAAAAGCAGAGCAAUAAUAUCUCAAAACCAUACCAGUCUAAAACAACCAAAGAUCACCUUCACGAUUAAUCAAAUUCUCUCGCUUUUGACAAGAUCUUGUCCUGUGACCAAGAAGACACUUCACUAGAGAUGUAAGAUUGAUAAAGGUGAUCUCUCGUGAUGCUUUUGGAAAUCUCAAUUGCAGUCCAAUUGCACUGUUCUAGUGUGCAUUCUAUUUUCCAUUCGAUAAAACUAUCGAGGAAUUACAACACUCGGCUAUCAUUUGACGAACCAGGGAAAACCGGCGUGGAUGUUCAAUCGCAUUUACCAUUUGAUGAGAAGAAAGUUCAAAAAAAUAUGUUUUGUCUCAUGUUACUAAGGCUUUCUACUGCCCACAAGAAACUCAACAAGUCCGCUUAAAGAGGUGAUGAAUCAGUGAAUAAACUAAGCGACAAUAAAUACCCUCUUUUUUUAGGGUGAUUCAUCUUCAAAAUGAUUGGCCGAAGAUGUAUUGUUCCAAUGAAUAUCUUCAACAUCAUGAAUUUCAAGGGUUGAAACGCAUGUACCUUCUAGUUCGCUUGGUGGAACUCAAUAUAUUACCUUUUCAAGCGUAUGGGCUUCUUGUUCUUCAAAGAAUGUAAGUUCUCUUCCUUCACAUGCUGUCCGAAGUGAUAAGAGGUUCAACCGGAUCAAAAUCGCUAAAUAACUCAUUACCAAUGUCGGAUGUUCAAUGUGAAGUUCAUCUAACUUCACUUUUUGUUCCGGUGUAAUCUAUAUAUAAAUAUUCAAAU